AUGUCCAGCUGUAGGACGAGUAUUGUGUCCAUUCUGAAUAAUGAUGAUAACCCAUCUUUUGCGGUCCGUUCCGCGCCCCGACUUAGUCGGACUCACACAUCACCAUCAUAUUAUCCACAUCAGUCAGAACGACUACCUCCGCCCGUCACCGACCAGUACACCCGUCCCCAAGCUUCAUCCGAAUCUCCAGCAACAUCACCACGAGGGACCAGGCAUCACUCGGAUGCGAUGACUGAAGUCGUCCAGCCCGUUUCACCGGGGUCAUCCGAUGGCUCAGCUUACGACUACAUCACCAGUCAGCCAUCAUCUUAUCACCCGUAUGCCCGGCAGGAUCCGCGACGGGAACCAUACCAAUUCCCUGCUCGUGGGCCAGCAGCUCCUCGAACGCCACCUGAGACUCGUUCGAGCACAUCCGAAUCGGCUUCUCAGACCGGGGCGACACGCGCCACGGGGCGAAAGAACAAGUACCCGUGCCCCUAUGCCGCGAGCCAUGGGUGCUCUUCAACGUUUACGACUUCGGGCCAUGCUGCGCGCCACGGCAAGAAGCACACUGGCGAAAAGAGUGUCCACUGUCCGAUCUGUAACAAAGCCUUUACGAGGAAAGACAAUAUGAAACAGCACAUCCGGACCCACCGCACGCACUCGGACGAGAUGCGCUCUACUUCGGAGCCAGAGGCUGAUGCUCGGUGGGCGAUGGCUCGUCCCGGCUCGGCAUACUCCUCAGUUUCCCACCAGCGCAAUAUCAGUCAACCUAUCGAGGCAGGUGUACAGCCUCUCCCAGGGGCUGGUCCACAGGCGCCCUAG